AUGGCCGAUAAUCUUUCCACUGUCUCUGUUGCACGUGGAGGUGAGGAUGAUGGCACUGGUUUGAUUGGUCAAUUGCCGAAUGAAUUGAUCAAACAAAUAUUUUACUAUUGUAGUGGGAAGGAGGAAGUACAAAAUUUAGCACUCACCAACAAGCUUUUAUAUUCAAUUUUUGAUGCCGAGAUGGAAUUGAAUUUAGAUCGGCUAAGAUUGGGAUUUUUGAAUGGAAGAGUAAAAAAGGAGAGUAGACUUUCACGUCUAUUGGAGUUGUACAAUUCUAAUAAUGGUGAAAUGUUGACAUAUGACCAAUACUUUGUGGAUAAGAAUUUAAUGUACAAGGAGGCCUAUACUGAUAGAAUUCAAGUACCUUCUCUGGAUGCUGGUGAUGAAGAAAUUAAUAGAGAGGAUUUUAUUAAGUCCAUGCUAUGUGAUAUUCCAGCCUCUCGUAAUAUGAAAUUGAAUGAAGAUGAUGAAGAUAAUGAGAAAGAAGAUGAGGAAAAGGAGGAUAAGGAUAGUGAUGAAGAGGAAGAAGCUCCAAAAAAGAAGAAACGAAAACUUUCUAAAAAAGCAAGGAAAAGAUUUGACGAUGAAGAUAUGAAUGAUGACGAAGAUGAAGAACAAGAUGAUGAAGAAGGGGAUAGUGACGACGAAGAAGAAGCAAAAGUUGCCAAAGCAAAGAAAGGAUUUGAAGCUAAUACUCUCAAUGAAUUCAAGACUAGAAUUAACAAAUUGCUCAAGAAAAACACUUUGGCUGCAACAAUUUCGAACAUCAUCUUUGAAUUCAACAAGUCUUCCAAUAUCAAAUUCAUUAUUGCAGGUGGUUUUGUGCUUCAUUGCAUUACUGGGUGUAGUUCAUGUGAUAUUGAUAUUUUCUGUAUCAAUAAUGGAGAAGAUGACAAGAGUGUGGAUAUUGCUUUCAAGAAGGUUCUUGCUAUCAUUGAAAAGAAAUUGAAAGAAGAAUCUAUCGAGUAUAGAGUGUUGAAAACUAAUGGUACACUCAACAUUAUGCCUAAGAUUAGUGGAGAACGAACAAAAUUCCAAAACAAGUAUCCAGACUCAAGCACACCAGAUAAUAAGUUGGGCGUUCAAUUUGUUUUGAGAAGAGUUGCCUCUAUUGAAGAGCUUAUGUGUUUUUUCGAUAUUGACGCAUGUAGAUUUUCAUUUGAUGGUGAAAAGGUCUAUACUAUAUUGGAAGGGUUACGUGCUUUGCAGUACAAUAUGAAUUUUAUUGGAAGAGAACAUAUUUCAACUAUUCUCUAUUAUGAUAGAGCUAUCAAGUAUAGCAGAAGAGGCUUUGGAACUUUCAGUGUUGACUUUCAUCACCCACUCCAACACCGUUUGCACAUUCAACCUUUUGUGACUUGGUUGAGAAAAUUCUUUGGUGAACAUUACUUUAAUGAUGAUCCACAAGUUAUUGAAGAUGAUCCUUAUUAUUCAGGAUAUUCUAAUUGGGAUGAAUAUUCUCAUUUAGCACCUUAUAUGUUUGUUCACAUUUAUGGCAACGGAGACGAAGAACAAAAUUAUGGAAAUAGAGAUAUUGAUGAAGACAAUUAUUACACUGUCAUUUUAAGAAGUGUAGACUAUUGGUUGAUUGACAAGUUUUGCAAUCAUCCAAUCAGAACCGUUCUUUCUAGCUUGUGGGAAUAUUAUUCAGAUGGUAGAUAUAUUAAUGAUUUAAAAAAGGUUAAAGUAGAGGAUAACGUAGACGGAGAUGAGGAAUUGAUUGAAUCAAUUGCAACACACAUUGAAAAGCAUGAUGUUCACUAUUUUUGUAAAGACAUUUCAGAAUUGUUGCAAAAGAACCAAUCUAUUUACAUUACCGAGGGCUAUUUAGAUAGUCACUUGAUGAAAAAGUACAAGUAUUACAAGUGCUAUAUUUGUGGAAAGUAUUCUCAUAUUACAAAGAAGAAGAAGUGUGAAAAUACAGAUUUUUGUUCGGAAUGUCACAAAUUCAAUGAGAGAGCCAAGUCACUCCGUAGAGAUUUGAAUGAUAAGGUAGCCAUAGUAACAGGUGCUAGAGCCAAGAUUGGUUAUGAAACUGCCUUGUUAUUGCUUAGAAUGAAAUGUACUGUUGCUGCUACUUCCAGAUUUGCACACAAUGCCUUUGACAAGUUCAAGUUAGAGAAGGAUUUUAAUGACUGGAAAGAUAGAUUACUUGUUUAUCCAUUAAAUUUGAAAGAUGGUAAAUCAGUGAUGGAAUUUAUUGAAUUUAUCAAGAAGAAAUUCAAGCAUAUCGAUAUCAUUAUUAACAAUGCAGCUCAAACCGUCCGAAGACCAGUCACUUAUUAUCAACCUCUUAUUGAAAUUGAAUUGAAAAAUUGUGAUAGUCCUCUUCCUCUUUCCCUUCCAACUGAAAAUAAGGAUGUCAAGGAAUUGCAAGUACUCAGCAAUAAUUUGAUUGAACAAACCAUUCGAUGCACCAAAGAGACAAGUCUUCCUGAGGAUUUAUCUUACAUACCAACUAGUGAGAAGGAUAAGUUUGGAGAGUUUAUUGAUAAGAGAAAGCUCAACAGUUGGAAUCAAUCGUUGACUGAUACUUCGACUAUUGAAUUGGUAGAGGCUCAAAUGAUUAACAAUGUUGCUCCAACUCUUAUUGUUUCAAAUUUGCAGGGAGUCAUGACACCUGACUAUGAUAAGGCUGAUGGCGAUAGUAAUCCAAAUGAUUCUCUUGCAUUGGGCUAUUCUUUCAUUAUUAAUGUGAGUUCUCACGAAGGUCAAUUCAACACAACUGGAAAGACAGACAAUCACAUCCAUACCAACACUUCCAAAGCAUCAUUGAACAUGCUUACCAGAUCUGGUGCUAAUCAAUUUGCCAAGAGUGGUAUUUUGAUGAAUAGUGUUGAUACUGGAUGGGUUUCAUCAGCAAUCAAAACAUUCAAAGAUCCUGUACUAAAUUGUGAAGAUGCUGCCUACAGAAUUUUAUACCCAAUCCUUUCAGGAUCUUUGGAUUAUGGUAAAUUGUACAAAGAUUACAAAGUGGUAGAUUGGUAAAUUAUCUAUUUAUGGUAACAACUCAAAAUGAAUAAACUACUUUUUAAC